CCUAUGAAGCCUGCCCUGGGUGGAGGAAUUCGGUCGUUGAACCUUCACUGAGCACAAAUAUCUGCCAGGCACUACCCUGGGCGCCGUGGACACACCGGUAAACGAGCAGACAAGGGCCCUGCUCUCAAGUAGCUGAUAGUCUAGUGGGCGAAGCAGACUAUAAACAAGUUGGUCUCCGCUCAUGUCUUUUAAUCUUGAAGACUUCAAAAUACACCUGGAUCUACCACUCUUUUGGACAACAUCUCUACCAAGCAAUAAAUUACCCACUGUACUCUUAUAUUAUAGAAGUUUUUGAGUUCUCCAAAUCUAAUCAAGAUUUCCUUCCAUUUUCCCAUGAAGCCACAUUAUUGCUUAUUCACUUUAGUGGUGAGUGUUAUUGUGCCAGCUGCUUUUGUUUUGGAAGAUGUGGACUUCAACCAAAUGUCCCCACUGGGAGCAAAUCAUAGUUCUUACAAUGCUUCAUUUCCCCUAAGCUUUGAACUCUCAGCAAAUUCCCACUCAGGUGAUGAUGUCAUCAUAGCCAAAGAGGGAACUAGCGUUUCAAUCGAGUGUCUUCUCACAGUUGGUCACAAUGAAGAUGUCCAUUGGUACAACUCAAAAGGACAACAGCUGGAUGGCAGAGGCAGAGGUGGAAAAUGGUUGGUUUCUGAUAACUUCCUAAACAUCACCAACGUAGCCUUUGAUGACCGUGGGCUCUAUACAUGUUUCGUCACCUCUCCAAUUCGUGCCUCCUACUCUGUCACCCUACGAGUCAUCUUCACCUCAGGAGACAUGAGUGUCUACUAUAUGAUUGUUUGCCUGAUUGCCUUUACAAUCACUCUUAUCUUGAAUGUCACACGGCUGUGCAUGAUGAGCAGCCAUCUUCGCAAGACUGAGAAGGCCAUCAAUGAAUUCUUCAGAACUGAAGGGGCUGAGAAACUUCAGAAGGCCUUUGAGAUUGCAAAACGCAUCCCCAUCAUCACCUCAGCCAAGACUCUGGAGCUCGCCAAAGUCACACAAUUUAAGACCAUGGAGUUUGCUCGUUAUAUUGAAGAACUGGCAAGAAGCGUUCCUCUUCCACCCCUUAUUCUAAACUGUCGGGCCUUUGUUGAGGAGAUGUUUGAGGCUGUGCGAGUGGAUGACCCUGAUGACCUGGGAGAAAGAAUUAAAGAGAGACCUGCCUUGAAUGCUCAAGGUGGCAUCUAUGUCAUUAACCCAGAGAUGGGGCGGAGUAAUUCACCAGGAGGAGAUUCAGAUGAUGGUUCUCUGAAUGAACAGGGCCAGGAGAUAGCAGUUCAGGUUUCUGUCCACCUUCAGUCAGAGACCAAAAGUAUUGACACAGAUUCUCAAGACAGCAGUCAUUUCAGCCCGCCUGAUGAUACAGGAUCAGCCGAAUCUAACUACAAAGGUGGGGCAUAUGAAAACUGUUAGCUAUGAGCUAUCACUAUAACUAUAAUAACAGUUCUCAGAAAAGGAACCUAUUUCUUGGAGGAAAUUACAUUUUUACCAAAAGGUGAUCGGGUUUUCCCUUUGUUAAUAUUAAGCACAUCAGAACAUGAAUUGCCAAAAUCUUUGUGAAAAUGCAGUGUUUUCCUAUAUAAUAUUUCUCAGUCAUUUUCCUUGAGCUUGAUUAAGUGAUGCAUGUUAGGAUUUAAAGGAGCCUAAGAGCUAAACAUGAUUGGUAAAGUACUGAACUAAGAGUCUCAUGGUUUCUCUUCUGGUCGCAGAUCUUCCAUUGGUUAGAUCUGACACUUAUCUUGAGGCCUCAGUGUUCCCAUCAAUAAAAUAAGGGAUUUGCAUUAAAUAAGAUCUAAAGUUGUUUCUAGCCCAAUAACUACUUACCCAUCAGCUUUAAACUACCAAAAUUUUUAGCACAUCUCUAAGAGAACCUUUCCCUAGACUUUUAGUC